AUGGGGGACCGAUCUCAGGAUAAGGAAACAGAUGUGAAAGCUGGAAAGGCAACAACAGGCAAUACCCGGUCGCAAGCGUCGAAUUUCAGAGCAGCCAAUAUCGUUUCCCCACCCGGAUCAAAAACACCACCCAGCAUGCCAGCGAAGAGAACAAUAUUGUAUCCAGAUAACAUGGGAAGCCGCCCGCGAGCCCAGGACGGAUCAGAGCCAGUGGAUCCGAAUGCGCUAGCCAAUGCACUGAAGGAGUAUGAAGAAGCGGGAAUCCCAAGGGAAAGGACACCGGGCGCGAGUCCAUGUCGGAAAAGACAACGAGUCUAUGGAGAUCGGUUUAUCCCAAAUCGUGAUGGACAAGACUUACAGGCCACGUACAGUCUGCUUCACGAGGAUGGAUGUCCUACAACUCCAUCCAAAACAAAGAAACGUGCUCCUCACUCGGAGCUUCAUUUUCAGAAGACGGAAGAAGCGAACCGCACUUUCUCCCGGGUUUUGCGCAGUGAAUUGUUUGGAAAUACCGUCCCUCAACCUGACCUCACUUCAACAUCCUCUGAUCCAUUGAUGGGAUUCAACAAUGGCAUCAAUGACAAAACUCGAUCUCAUACACCACCUACUCUCGUCUCCAACCUCCCACCCGCCAGCUUGACCCCUUCUACCCCACACAAAAAUCUUUUCAACUAUGGGCCCAGUCGCCCGGGCUCCAACCAUCCUACACCCUCAAAAACUCCCCGAAGUGCACAUGCACCAAAUCUUAAUAUUCGUUCUGAUCUUUACUCCCUGUCACCCAUUCGAUAUGAUAGUCAACGCAUUCUUGAAACCCCACGCAAGCAACCCCGUUAUGUGAAUAAGGUUCCCUACAAAGUCCUCGAUGCGCCUGAUCUACAGGAUGACUUCUACCUGAACUUGGUGGACUGGGGUAGCAGCAAUGUUUUGGGAGUUGGGCUGGCCAACUCUGUAUACAUGUGGAACUCUCAAUCUGGCCGCGUGACCAAACUGUGUGAGCUGAAGGACGACACUGUUACCAGCGUGAACUGGAUCCAGAGGGGCACUCAUCUCGCCAUCGGCACUGGCAAGGGCUUAGUUCAGAUCUGGGAUGCUGAACAUUGCCGGCGAUUGCGGACGAUGGUUGGCCAUACCAACCGUGUCGGUGCUUUGGCUUGGAAUGACCACAUCCUCACUUCAGGAUCCCGCGAUCGUCUGAUCUACCAUCGUGAUGUCCGCUCCCCAGAUCAAUGGACCAAGCGACUGUCCGGCCACAAGCAAGAGGUCUGCGGGUUGAAAUGGAACACCGAAGAUGGCCAAUUGGCGUCCGGUGGCAAUGACAACAAAUUGAUGGUGUGGGACAAGUUGAGUGAGACUCCGCUUUACCGAUUCUCGGAUCACUGCGCCGCUGUGAAGGCCAUUGCAUGGUCGCCUCACCAACACCACCUACUUGCAUCAGGCGGGGGUACCGCAGAUCGGACGAUUAAAUUCUGGAACACGUCGACUGGCUCCUUAAUCAAGGAGAUGGACACCGGAAGCCAGGUCUGCAACCUUUCUUGGUCCAAGAACUCGGAUGAGAUUAUCAGCACACAUGGAUACAGCCAGAAUCAGAUUGUCAUCUGGAAGUAUCCACGCAUGGAGCAAAUUGUGUCUUUAACAGGUCAUACUUUCCGUGUUCUGUACCUCGCUAUGAGUCCAGACGGCCAAACGGUCGUGACUGGUGCUGGCGACGAGACACUCAGAUUCUGGAAGAUUUUCGACAAACGAGCUACCAGAGACUCGCGGCGCGAGGGUAGCAAACUAUCGGAAUGGGGCAGCAUUCGUUAG